AUGAGCAUCACUUAUGAAGAAUUCUUGGAAGUAUUCCAUGAUGCGAUUGUUACUUUAAAAGCAUUGUACAGACUUAAAGCAAAGACGCAAGAUGAAAUAACUCGUAUUUACAAAGAAAUAAAAAGGAAUUUGAUUAAAAUGAAAGUAUUCACACCAUCUCAAAUUCUUAGUGCUAUUUCUUGUGCAGCAAUUUAUAACAAUCGUUUUUUAAGAUCAUAUUGGGCAUUAUUCAAAAUAAUCUAUAACAAAUAUCAACCAAAGACGCUUGAUAAUCUCACACCUCUUUUCAAUGAAUUAUUUCGUUUAGAAUAUGAGCUUCAAAAUAAAUCUGAUAUUUCAACUUUGUUAGAAUUUCAUGAAGAAAACACGAUUUUCAGAGCAAUUAUGGAUGAUGAUAUUCAAGCAUUCAUUGCAUUCACCGAAAGAGAAGGAUUUGAUGAAAAUUAA